AUGAUCCUAGCAGAAGAGGUUGUGGAUUUUCCUGUUUCCACUGAGGCAGUCUACAGCAUGAGGUUUGAAAUUGCUGUGGGACUUAUCCUUAACAGUGAUGACCCAAAAGACUGUUGCCACUUCUGUGGAGAGAUGGAAAGUGACACGGACGUGAACUGGACCUACCUGUCCUUCUCCUCUUUUCCCUGCAGCAUCUCUGUGGGUGUAGGUUUCUAUGGCAACAGUGAGACCAAUGACGGCGUGUACCAGCUGACCUACUCCCUGUACAAUGCCAACCACACCCUGGGCGGUGUCGACAGCCUGGUAACGGGAACGAUGAGCAACAUGAGAACCGGUCUGCACCAGCACCUGGCAAGGUUGGAUGAGAUCUUUGCCAUGAGAGGAGACUACGUGCAAACGCUGCAGUUCAUGCAGCAGAUGGCCAACAACGUGAUCAAACAGCUGCUGGGGCUGCCCAACCUGGACCAGGCUAAAAUGGACCUGGCAACUGUGGCCAAUCAGACUGCACAUAUAGAGUACUACAGGUAA